AGGCAACAACCAGCAGCUGUCUAAGUUAAACCGCUUCUUCAAAUCAACCUGGUCGCAGACAUUUGACAUCAAACAUGGACUACCAAAACCGCGCUGGUUCCAAGUUUGGCGGUGGCGGCGUCGCCUCGCAAUCCGCCACCAACGCCGACCGACGAGAACGGCUACGCAAACUCGCGCUCGAGACCAUCGAUCUUGACAAGGACCCUUACUUCUUUAAAAACCACGUCGGUAGCUUCGAAUGUCGACUCUGUCUGACAGUCCACCAGAACGAUGGCUCAUACCUGGCACAUACACAAGGGCGCAAGCACCAGACGAACCUUGCACGCCGCGCGGCCAGGGAACAAAAAGAAGCCCAGAAGGAUGGACAAAUGAUGUCAGGCAUGAUGGGUGUGCAAGUCAAAAAGAACAUGGUCAAGAUCGGGCGACCAGGUUACAAGAUCACCAAGAUUCGAGACCCUCUGACACGUCAGGUCGGAUUACUCUUUCAGCUGUUGUACCCUGAAAUCACUCCGGGCGUGGAACCUAGAGUACGAUUCAUGAGCGCUUUUGAGCAGAAGAUCGAAGAGCCGGAAAGGGAUUACCAGUAUCUGCUUGUCGCCGCUGAACCAUACGAGACUUGUGCGUUCAAGUUACAAUCCCGCGAGGUCGAUCGCCGCGAAGGACGAUACUGGACAUGGUGGGAUGCUGACGCCAAGGAGUUCUGGUGUCAGGUCUUGUUCAAGACAGAGCGAGACGAACGAUACAGUAACGUCCCGGGUCUAGCACCUACAGGCAAGAGAUGAUCAUUUUCCGGCGUAGGCAGUUUAUUGCCUGGUGCUACGACUCGGAGUUCUCCAAUGUCAGAGCUGCAUUUGCAUCUCGGUGAAGCAAUGGUCGCCACUAUGAUUUCGCCACAGCUCCGAUAGAUGCCAGCCGAAUCCUCGAACAUGCUUCUCCAUGAUGAACGCCCGGCUCUGUCAGCCACGAAACAGUCUUGUGCAUAUGCAGAGCUGAAAAAGUUCGGCCACAUGACAUAUUCACCAAGACCCUAUGGCCUCGAAUGCUCCUCACUAUUUUAGUAUUCCCGAAAUUUGUCUGAUGGGCUCGGAUUGCGAACAAGCCCCGCUAUGCAGUUCGACAAAUCGUUCGCGCACUUUGAGCGGGCGGGAAUGAUGCAAAGUGCACACGACGUGUCGAAGAAGCACACAGUUGCUUGAUGCUUGAUGUAAUGGAAUCUUUGUACAGACUUGGGAGGCUCUUGCCGGCAACAAGUCGAGACCUUCCUUGCUCCGCACCCCAAAUUUUGCAUUGAUACGGAGUGCCGGGAUGUGACAUGAGAGGGGCACUUCUUAGAUACUGUAACUCACAUAGAGAAAUCUGGCGCCGAGGAGCGAGGGAGAGACAAAGACAGAUGUAGCCUGGGCAUAUCCCCGUGUAGAAAUACUCCUACAGGAGAGACUAUUUCA